AUGGAACAUUAUGAUAGGAUAAGAAUAGUUGUUGUGGGAGAUAGUGGCGUGGGAAAGACUAGUCUUGUUCAUAUGCUUUGUUAUAACGAAGCUUUAAGAUACCCAACUUGGACAAUUGGUUGUAAUGUAGAUGUGAAGGUCAUUGAAUUUAUUGAUGUAGGUGGAACUUCUAAACAUAAAUCAUCUCGUAACAUGUUUUAUCAUCAGAUUAAUGGUAUUAUUUUAGUACAUGAUGUUAGUAAUAGAAAAUCUUAUUAUAAUUUAUGGAAAUGGGUUGUAGAAAUUUUGAAUUCUGAAGCUUAUAAAGAUACUGAGAAAUCAAACAAUAAUAAUAUAAAGAAAAAUGAUUUUGAUUGUGAUGUGAAAAUUGGUGAAAGAUAUGCUAGUGUUCCAAUAUUAGUCGUUGGUACUAAAGCCGACCUUGUAAAACAAGAAUUAACAGGUCGUCAAAGAAGAUAUAGUAUAGUGGAUGAAUAUGGAGGUGAUUGUGUGAAUUUAUGUACAUUAGCACAAACACAUUUCGAACAAAAUUCAAUCGUAUCCGAAAAGCUUGACCUAUUUUUUGAUAAAGUUGUCGAUAAAAAAUUCGGUCCUUUUUCUCCAUCAUCAGAUUCUUUUAUACAAAGCCCCACUUUUGGUGGUUUUUCACCUUCAUUACCAAAUGGCGAAUUAUACCUGGAAAUACUAACACAUCAAUAA